AAAUGUGGAGCUGCUGCUGAGGCUGAGAUUGUCUGUGAGAGAUGGCGAUAGACUCAGAUCAUGGAGCUUUCGUGGAGAAAUUCCUUCUCCGACCGCCGUCUUCAUCACAUGACCUUCCUCUGAGCGGCCUCACCUUUGCCGUUAAAGACAUAUUUGAUGUGGCUGGACGUGUGACUGGGUUUGGGAAUCCUGAUUGGGCGAGGACUCACCCGGCUGCUGAAUCAACAGCUCCGGCUGUUUCGGCAAUAUUAAAUGGAGGUGCGACAAGUAUUGGUAUAACUGUCAUGGAUGAAAUGGCAUACUGUAUAAAUGGAGAGAACAAGCAUUAUGGCACACCCAGAAAUCCGUGCGCACCAGAUAGGGUGCCUGGAGGCUCUUCUAGUGGUUCUGCUGUUGCCGUAGCUGUAGGCCAAGCAGAUUUUUCCUUAGGAACCGACACUGGAGGAAGUGUAAGAGUUCCUGCUUCAUAUUGUGGAAUUUUUGGUUUUCGGCCAUCUCAUGGUGUCAUUUCUACUUCUGGAGUUACUCCUCUGGCACAAAGUUUCGAUACAGUGGGAUGGUUUGCAAGGGAUCCUGCGAUUUUGAAUAGAGUUGGACGAGUGCUACUCCAAUUGCCUGAUACCGGUCCUGUCGUACCCACUCAGUUAAUCAUCGCAGAAGACUGUUUCCGGUUUUCAAGUGUUCCAAGCAGUCGAGUGAAACAAGUACUUGUUGGCUCAGUUGAGAAGGUAUUUGGGGGUCAUGUUAUAAAACAUGCUAACCUCGGGGACGUUGUCAAGGACAAAGUUCCAAGCUUGAACUCUUUCUUGGAUAAAGGAAAUCCAAGUGAAGAGUACAUUAUACCAUCAUUGGCAGCCCUAUCAACCGCCGAUCGUCUACUUGAAAGGUAUGAAUUCAAGAGAAACCAUGGUGAAUGGGUUAGUACGGUCAGACCUGACUUAGGUCCCGGGAUAGGAGAACGUAUAUGGGCAGCUGUUCGGUCAACAGAUGAAAAUGUCGAUGUUUGUCACUCCGUGAUGACUGAAUUGCGUGCUGCCCUUACUAACCUUCUCGGGGAUUUCGGUGUCCUCGCAAUGCCUACAGUUCCAGGGGAUCCACCAAAGCUGCAAACAGAUCCUACUACUCUGCACAAUUUUCGUGCCAGGGCUUUCAGCUUCUUAUCCAUCGCCGUAGUUUCCGGAUUCUGCCAGGUUUUUAAGCCCUGUAUCUAUCUCUACCUCUUCCUUCCCCUCUCCAUGUUUGUGUUACUAUACCACUAGGGAUGUACGAUAACCUACCUGUUUCAGUUUCCUUGCUGGCAAAGCAUGGUUCGGAUGGGUUCCUGCUCAAUCUUGUCGAGACUCUUUGCGACACUCUCAAAGAACACGUCGGGAAGUUGUGAAUGUUGACUACAGGAUUUUGAGUUGCAGAUCUGAUAAUCUCUUCCUGAUAUGCAUGUCCUUGUAAGUUCUGCUAGUUUGGUAUUGUUAUGUUUUCACAAAAACUGUUUCUUCUGUAUUUUGAGAAUAAGCAGCUGUAAAAUAAAGUUGUUGAACGUUUGCUAAACUUUUAUUGUAAAAGUGCUUGUAAAAAGAAAAUAGUAUAUGAGUGUUUUGAAAACUUUUAUAUAAAA